AUGAAAGACGACGAUCAGUCACCACCGGGAACCUUCAUCCCACCCUCCAUCCACCGCGAACCACUGCUCUCCGGCUCCUCAUUCACACAUUUCUCACCCGUGCCACCGGCCCUACUCACGCCUACUGACGCUUCAGACCCGGCGUCUCUCCCGCCGUUAUGCCUUGGCGUCGAUGAAGCCGGCCGCGGGCCAGUCCUAGGUCCCAUGGUUUACGGGAUAUUCUACCUCCCCAUCACACUGUCCGACUCUCUCCUCCGGACAACACACCACUUUGACGAUUCCAAAGUCCUCACAGCGGCAGUCCGAUCAUCACUCAUGGAGACGCUCUGCACCAAAGACACAGACCUCCACGACCAAUGUGGCUGGGCGACCUCGUCCCUCUCUGCCCGUGACAUCUCAGCAAACAUGCUCCGUCCGGUGGCCGUGUACAAUCUCAAUGCGCAAGCAAUGGAUGCUACUAUUGCUCUUAUCAAGGGCGCGUUUGAGAGGGGCCUCAAUAUUCAAGAGAUAUAUGUCGACACCAUCGGUCAGCCGGCAACCUACCAGGCCAAGUUACAACGGAUAUUUCCCACGACAAAGAUUACCGUGGCCAAAAAGGCAGAUAGCUUGUAUCCCUGCGUGAGCGCGGCGUCAGUUUGUGCAAAAGUAACGAGAGACGCCGCGCUGGAGGUCUUGUACGAGGCGCGACGAGAAGAUGAUGCUGCAACUGAAGGGAUGGAAUGGGGCUCAGGGUAUCCUUCUGAUGCGAGAUGCGUAAAUUGGCUGAGGAAGAAUAUGCAUCCCGUGUUCGGCUGGGGUCCAGAAUGUAGAUUCAGUUGGGGCACGGCAAAGGACAUGCUCGAGUUGAAGGGUGGUGUCAAGGUAGAUUGGCCCAUGGAAGACGACGGAGACUCGAUGAAGGUGACGGACUUUUUUGCGUCUGGUAAUGACAAGGAGGAUGAGUUGGGUGGGUGGUAUGGUACGCCGGUUGGAUUGGAAGCUUUUUGA